UCUCAAUUAACACCCCUAACCUCACACAAUACAUACCGUCCAUUUUCCCCGUGCUAUUUUGUCCAAUCCACCGCACUCCCAUUCACGUACUAAUCUGAAGUUGGCAUCUCUCUCUCAUUAAUGGUAGAAAACCAUUCAUUUGCUGUAGAAUAUCUUCAACUUUCUUCGUCUUCUUCAAGAGAGAGAGAGAGAAAGAGAGAGAGAACUGAAGAAUUUUCUUUGCUCUUCUCUCUCUUCUAGCUAUUGCUUCCUUGCUUAUCACAAAAGCUCUUCAUCUUGAUACGUACAUUAUAUAAACGCAUUUGUGCAUAAUAAUAAUGAAGAAAGUUAGUUCGCCAUACUUUGAUCCAGAGUUUGAUAGUCUUACAGAGAGGAUAUUCGGCCCGGAGUAAGUGAUUUGCAGAGUUUCCAUUGACAAUGAAAGCUUAAGAGAUUGCACCGUCAUAAAGGUAGAUAGUGUAAACAAGCAGGGUCUACUUCUGGAAGUGGUGCAAGUACUAACAGAUAUGAACCUCAACAUCUCCAAAAGCUACAUAUCCAGUGAUGCUGGCUGGUUCAUGGAUGUUUUUCACGCGAAAGAUGCGCAUGGGAACAAGGUUACAGACCAAAGAACGAUCAACUACAUCCAGCAGCUAUAUAUGCAGGCAAUAGGAACAACUACUAGAGAAACCCAAAAGAGAAAGUCCAUAACCAGUAAAAUGAACGAGCCCGAACCACACAGUGAGCCCAAAGCAAUUGAAAUGACUGGGCCUGACCGGCCCGGCCUGUUUUCGGAGAUAUCCGCAGCCUUAGCUGAGCUCCAAUGCAACGUGGUGGAAGCCCAUGCAUGGAGCCACAAUGCACGUUUGGCCUGUGUUGCCUACAUCUCGGACCAAUCUACCGACGUCCCCAUCGACGACCGCCGGCUUGCCGCCAUCGAGGACCAUCUCACCACCGUGCUCCGGGCGACCACGGCACAAAACCCUGCUGGAGAGUUUUCGAAACAGCAAGAGGUGAAGACUGCUGGCCUCCCAGAAGGAGAAGGUAGUAUGAUGACUAAGGUGGAGCGUCGGUUGCACCAACUGAUGCUUUCGGUGCGGGACUUCGAUAGGCCCGUGGUGAAGUUGGGGCAGCUGAAUGGUACUACAGCUGGUGAUCAGGAGCUAGGGAUGAUGAGGUGGGGCAGUAAUAGUAGUACUGUGAGCAUAGAGAGUUGUAAAGAGAAGGGGUAUUCGAUAGUGACAGUGCAGUGUAAGGAUCGACCCAGGCUUAUGUUUGAUACGGUGUGUACGCUUACGGAUAUGCAGUAUGUGGUUUUCCAUGCUUCCAUUGAUUCUCAUCGGGGUUACGCCUUUCAGGAGUACUUUAUCCGGCACGUAGAUGGGUGCGCACUUAACACAGAUGGUGAGAAAGAAAGAGUUAUUAAAUGCUUAGAGGCGGCUAUAGAACGCAGGGUUUGUGAGGGGGUAAGGUUAGAAUUAUGUGCGAAAAACAGGGCAGGGUUACUAUCAGACAUAACACGAGUUCUCCGCGAGAAUGGCCUAUUAGUCGUUCGAGCAGACAUAGCAACCCAUGGUGCCAAAGCAGUGAAUGCUUUCUACGUUAGAGACAUUUCAGGCAAUGACGUGGACAUGGAGUUCAUCGAUCAGUCGAUGAAGAGACAGAUAGGUCCAAUAGAUCUUGCAGUCAAGAAAGAAAAGUCCAUGAUGCCAAGCUUAAUAGACCGGCCACGAUUUUCCAUCGGCGACAUAUUGAAGUCUCAGCUCGAACGGUUCUCCCACAGCUUUGUUACCAUCAAGUGAUGUAAAUAUAUAUGUAUGUAGGUGGCCUUUAGUUGUUGUAGUAUCAUGUAUAUUCUUUUUGUAGUACUAUAUUUUAGUGAGUGGAGAUGUACAAAUAAUAAAUAAUUGAUGGAACUUAGUGUAAUUGGUUCAAUUCGGGGUCGUAAACAAGCGAAAUAAAAGUUAUGAUGAUUCAGUUUUGUAUAA